AUGGCGGCGUCGCUGCUCCGCCGGGAUAAGAAAGCUACAGCCGCUCACUUAAAGGCAGACCUGAACCGGACAGACAACAGCUCCGGACUGAGGCAACUGCAAGAACUGCUUGAUAAUGUUCUGAAUCCGGAGAAGGCUGCGGGGGACAGCGAGGCGCUGGACUGGUGUAAAUACCUGCUGGCAGGCGGAGACGGCUUUGAGGAGUUCUGUUUGACCGUACGCUCCUAUGAUAACGCUACACUCUGUGGCUUAGUCUGGACUGCUAACUUUGUAGCCUACCGCUGUCGGACCUGCGGCAUUUCUCCAUGCAUGUCCCUGUGCGCGGAGUGUUUUAAUAACGGUGACCAUACGGGCCAUGAUUUUAACAUGUUCAGGAGCCAGGCUGGCGGGGCCUGCGACUGUGGAGACAGUAAUGUCAUGCGAGAAAGUGGGUUUUGCAGAAGGCAUCGGUUAAAAACUGGUGAGAAUGUUCCAUCAGUUCCCCGAGAUCUACUGCUCAUGUCUGAGAUGGUUCUUCCUCGUUUCAUCAUCAGCACAAUCCAGUACUUAAGAGAAGGCUACACAGAGCCAGAAUCUGCCACAGACAGAGAUCUACAGAAGGUUCUUCAGCAGCUGGAGCCUCAAAUCUCUUUCUUAGAGGAGCUCACUAAAAUGGGUGGAGCCAUGCGCACUGUCCUCACAAAGAUUUUAACCAAUCAGCAGACCUUUAAAGAGUUGAGCAUGGGUCAAGAGGAGAAUGUGUAUGCAAAAAGAAACUAUGAAAAGUACCUGUCAGCACUUAAGAGUUCUGGCUUGGUGUCUGUAGAGGAAAGGGGGCCAGCUGGAGCAGCGGACCCUUCUGCAGGAGCUGGAGCUGGAACGCUUGGCUUAAUGGGGGCCACUGCAGCGGUCAGUCCAGAUGAAGAAAACAAAGAGGAGGAUCAGGAUGGAGGGCAAAAUGUGGGCCAGAGAAAGAGGGUAAAGCUAAGCAGCAGUACCAAAGAUCCAUCUAUAAUGGACACUCUAAAGCAUAAAUGUUUUCUAGAGGAGUUAUUGUUUUGGACUAUUAAAUAUGAGUUUCCACAGAAGAUGGUAACUUUUUUACUCAACAUGUUGCCAGAUCAAGACUAUAAGAUCACCUUUACUAAAACAUUUGUCCAGCACUAUGCCUUCAUCAUGAAGACUCUUAUGAAGAGCCAUGAGUCAGAUACCAUGUCUAACCGUAUUGUGCAUAUAAGUGUGCAGCUGUUUAGCAAUGAAGAGUUAGCGCGCCACGUCACUGAGGAGUGCCAGCUGCUAGAAAUCAUGGUUACCGUACUGCUGUACAUGAUGGAGAGCUGUCUAAUUAAAAGUGAACUACAAGAUGAUGAGAACAAUCGUCAUGUGGUGGUGAAUUGUGGAGAAGCUCUGCUGAAGAACAACACCUACUGGCCUUUAGUUAGCGACUUUAUUAAUAUUUUAUCUCACCAAAGUGUAGCAAAGCGUUUUCUGGAGGAUCACUCAUUGCUGAUGCACUGGAUGAGCUUUGUCUCUUUUUUUCAAGGAAUGAAUUUAAACAAGAGGGAGCUGAAUGAGCACGUGGAGUUUGAAUCUCAGACUUAUUAUGCAGCCUUCGCUGCUGAGCUUGAGGCCUGUGCUCAGCCUAUGUGGGGACUGCUCACACACUGCAAAGUCAAAGAAACACAAGAGUACACUAAAACAGUGGUGCGGUACUGCCUGGAGACUUUACAGAUAUGGUUUGACGCCAUUGGGUUUGUUGAUGAGCCUUCUCCCAAUCAAGUAACCUUUCAUUUACCUCUACACCGAUAUUAUGCCAUGUUUCUUAGCAAGGCCGUGAAGUGUCAAGGGUUGGAUUUGGACAGUCUGCUCCCUGACCAGGAAAUGCUUAUGAAGAUUAUGGUGCAUCCUCUCCAGAUACAGGCUUGUCUGUCUGAGAUACACAGUAACAUGUGGGUGAGGAAUGGGCUACAGAUUAAAGGACAGGCUAUGACAUAUGUCCAGUCUCACUUCUGCAACUCUAUGAUCGAUCCAGAUAUUUUCCUGCUACAGGUUUGUGCAUCACGUCUAGAUCCAGACUACUUCAUUUCUUCAGUAUUUGAGAGGUUUAAAGUAGUGGACUUGUUGACUAUGGCAUCGCAGCACCAAAAUGCAGUGCUGGAUGCAGAGCAGGAAAGGCCCAUGUUAGAGGGGGCACUUACGUUCCUCGUCAUAUUGUGCAGCCUCCGCAUACACCUGGGAAUGACUGAUGAUGAGAUUCUGAGGGCAGAGAUGGUGUCACAGUUGUGUAUGAAUGAUCGCACACACAGCUCUCUUCUUGACCUUAUCCCAGAGAACCCAAACCCUAAGAGUGGAAUUGUUCCUGGCAGCUGUAGCUUUGAGGAGAUGCUGUCUGCUGUAGCUGAUUUUAAAGCUCCAGUUUCUGAACCUGGGGGCUCCAUGCAGCAGGGCAUGUACACACCCAAAGCGGAGGUGUGGGAGAAGGAGUUUGACCCCAUCAUGGUCAUUUUGCGCACUGUUUACAGACGAGAUGUCCAGUCAGCGAUGGACAGAUACGCAGCAUUUUUAAAGCAGUCUGGUAUUUUCACCGGUAACCCCUGGCCUCCCUAUAUGGAGAGGACUCCCCUGCACCCAUGCUAUAAAGGCCUGGUUCGUCUGCUGCACUGCAAAACUCUGCACAUUGUCAUAUUUACCCUGCUGUACAAGAUCUGGAUGGACCAUCAGAACAUGUCAGAUCAUGUGCUGUGUAUGGUGCUGUAUCUGGUUGAGCUGGGCUUGGAUAACCAUGCACAAGAGGAAAAGGAGGAUGAGGAGCCGUGUAUCGAGGAGCAUUGCCAUGACAGCUGGUUUCCCGGCACCAGCCUACUCUCCAAUCUGCACCACGUCAUUAACUUUGUACGUGUGCGCGUGCCUGAAACCGCGCCAGAGGUGGAGAGGAAAAGGGAGCGUGAAAGAGAAAGAGAGAGGCAGAGAGACGCUCCUCCCAGCACCAGCUCUGACACAUCCACGUAUGGACAGAACUCCAGGAGGCUGACAGGAAAUUGGAGAGAGAACCUGCGUGAGGCCCAGCUUUUCAGCCUGGUAGCAGAGCGCAGGAGGAAGUUCCAGGAGAUUAUAAACCGCAGUAACCACGAGGCAAACCAGGCAGUGAGGCCCAAGUCCUCCUCCCGCUGGCUGCCCCCAGGCUCUCCUCCUCAGAUGGUCACAGAGAUUCUGGAGAUCAGGGAAAGCAUGCUCUCCCUGCUGGUCAAACUGCACCAAAAACUCUCAGCCAAACAGAACUCCCUCAGUCCCAGCUGGCUGGAGGAGGCUGAGACAGCACAGCACACGCACGGAGACGGCAUCACCGCUAUCGAAAGGAUCCUGGCCAAAGCAGCAACACGCAGCAGGCACAGCAAGAGGUGUCUACAGGAGAUCUGUGGAAAAGUUUGUCCACCAGUGCCUCCCAAAAAGAAUAGCCCAGCAGACAAGAAGAGCAUGGAUAAAGAAGAGAGGCGGCAGAGGGCCAGAGAGAGACAGCAGAAGCUGCUGGCUGAAUUUGCCUCCAGGCAAAAAAGCUUCAUGGAAACCGCCAUGGAUGUUGAAUGUCCUGAAGUGGAGGCAGCGAUGGAUGUAAGUUCAGCCGAGCCCCUGGACUCUGAGAUCCUCUAUGAUUGUGUCAUAUGUGGCCAGAGUGGCCCGUCCACUGAGGACAGGCCUUGUGGAUUGGUGGUGCUACUACAGGCUUCAUCAGUGUUGGGGCACCGGUGCUGUAAUGACGAAGCAAAGUGGCUCCCGACGAGUGAUGAGGAAAAGAUCUUUCCAGAAGACACGUGCGGAGCGACAAACGAUGUCAGGCUAUCACUUAUGCAGCGGUACUUUAAAGAGAGUUCCUGUCUGCAGUCAGUGUCCAUUGGCUGGGAUGGUGGUGUAUAUGUGCAGACCUGUGGUCACACUUUGCACAUAGACUGCCACAAGUCCUAUAUGGAGUCUUUACGGAAUGACCAGGUGUUGCAGGGUUUCUCGGUGGAUAAGGGCGAGUUUACAUGCCCACUGUGUCGCCAGUUCGCCAACAGUGUUCUUCCUUGCAAGCCCGGGCGGGGUACCGAGGCGGGUGCCUGCCACAUUCCCAGCAACAAGAAACUCGCCACACUGGUGAAGGAGGUGGAGGAGCUACAGGAUCAGCUAGGCAUCUUCCCAGUAAGCACCAGUACUGAGUCUAACCUUACUAAAGAGAUGGAGUCUGUGAUUAAGGACAUAAAGAAUGCCACACAGAAGAAGUACAUGGACUACGGGAAGAACCCUGGCUCACCUGAUAAUGACUUUCUCUUCAUGUACUCAGUGGCCCGAACAAAUCUGGAGUUGGAGUUGGUUCAUCGUAGUGGAAAUCUAUGCAGUGGUGGGGCAAGUGCUGCAGCCAAACGCUCCUGUCUUAAUCAGCUGUUCCAUGUAUUGGCCAUGCACAUGCGCCUGUACAGCAUUGAUUCAGCUUACAAUCCCUGGACUCGACUGACACAGAUCGCCCAGAACAGAGAGUCAGAAUAUGAGGAUGAGGAGCGCCAGGAAGUACCCAUGCUGUUCAGAGAUGUCCCUUCUCUACUCAUCAUCUUUGUGCUUACAAUGCCUCAGCCACUACGCAAAGAACACUUCACAACUCUAGUGAAGGUACUGUACACUCUACAGUACACUCAAGCCCUGGCAGCUCUGUCUGUCAAAUUCAGCCCUGAAGAGCGACUCGCCUGGAUCAACACCGGGGCAGCCAAGAAGGCUGUGCCAACCGCUGAUAAAUCGUGGGAAGUGCUCCUCAGUCAUGUCAUUAAUGAACUCACCAAGGCAAGAGGAGCCUAUGAUAACAGCCAUAAUGAGACAAUGUUGAGUUCUAGUGUGUGGUCUCCUCAGUCAAUAGAGUUUACUCUGCAGCAAUUCUGUCUGCCCUUCAUGCGCCUCUCCUGCCUUCUUCAACACCAUCUCUAUGGGGACAACCUGCCUGGCUGCCUGCUGGAGGAGGAGUUCUCAUUGUUGGCAGGCUGUUUGGGUUUGUGUUCCGCUUCGUUCCAGCCCAGUGGCUCCACAGACAGUGCAAUGUGCUUGGACUGGAACAUCAGUGCGUUUGAGCUCAUUUCCCAGUGGUGCUCAGAGCUCAUCAGUCUGGCAGACACACCCUCACAGCAAGCUAUGUCGUUGUUGGUGCAGGACCCUAAAUGGUCUGCUCCUCGUCUGCUGCAGCUGCCCGACAACUACAACACCAUCUUCCAGUACUACCACAGGAAGCCCUGCUCUGUGUGCAAUAAGACACCCAAGGACCCUGCACUGUGCCUUGUGUGUGGAGCCUUCGUCUGCCUCAAGGGUCUAUGCUGCAAACAGCAGGGUGUCUGCGAGUGUGUGCUGCAUUCUCAGCACUGUGGCGCUGCAACAGGAAUCUUUUUGCUUAUAAACGCCUCUGUCAUAAUCAUUAUCCGUGGACAUCGAUUCUGUCUGUGGGGGUCUGUUUACCUAGAUGCACAUGGAGAGGAGGACAGAGACCUACGUCGGGGCAAACCUCUGUUCCUGUGCGAGGAGAGGUACCAGGUGCUGGAGCAGCAGUGGGUGUCACACACCUUCGACCACAUUAACAAACGCUGGGGUCCCCACUACAACGGACUAUAAUGCAAAAACCCAAAAGGCGGAGGAGCCUGAUGACACUGGGGUAGUGGUGCCAGCCUCUGUAUCUCUUUUUGAUAUAUGCUAUAAUGUAAGAUAAAAAAAGGUGUGAGUGAAUUGCUGCUACAGCCUUGGUUAUGUGAAGUUUAAUUGUACAAUCAUGCCUAAUGACUAACAGUGUGUGUGUUUUAAAGUGAUUUUAGGGGGUCAUGAAAGCACAAAUCAGCGCAAAUCAUGAGUGCAUUUAGCUGAUUGCUGUUGAAAGAAUGGGGUAACUUGGUCGCACUUCUCAGAAACAUGUUGCUACAGAUGCACUGAACUGGAGAAACUCUCCAGACAGCUUUUGUUUUUGGAGUGCUCAGUAUAGGAAAUCCUGACUAGUACUUGGUGGAUAACGCGGUAUAUAUCCGCAUGAGUAGAUGUCUUUGGCUUUGACAAAACUAGAUUUGGUUUUUGAUCCAUUGCAAUAUCUUGAUGGAGAAACCAAACAGGCUGAGGAGAGCAUAUCCGAAAUGAUUAACAACCGUGAUCAAAACCCCACUCGUGCAAUGAGUUAUGUUUAUCAUCCUAUAUCAUCAUAUCUCAGUUCAGCUCAGACCUUUGAAUUCUGGCGUUGGAUAAAUGUAGUGUGUAAAUGAAACUGGGUAGAAAGGUGUUCUACCAUGGAAAUCAUUACUGAUGGUAAACCAGUAAUACCCAUCAAGGUCUGGUUGCAUUCAUCCUCAGGAAUUUUUUUCUGUAGUUAAUAAGCAUUUUUUGUUUUUUAAAGUAUUUAAUUAAAUGUUACCAUUGUUGCUAUGUAAAUUAUAACAUUGUAAAGGUUAUUUUAUUUUUUCCCCGAAUAGCCCAAGGCUCUGUGGUGAUGCUUUUCAUUACCUUGCUGGCAUCAGUGCCGCAGAUAUUUUACAGCAGUUGCAAGUGUCAUUUUUACACAACUUCUAGCCUAACUUUAAUGAACUGUACAAAACUGCCAGUGAAAUAUAUUUCACCUAGUGUAAUGAAGUUUUGGGAGCCAUCCUAAGUUGCUGUAUCCGCCCCAAAUGAUCAAGGGUAUUCUUUCUAAAAAAAAAAAAAAAAAAAAGCCCUCAUGUCAGAAUUGCAUUUAUUACAUAACCAUGUCCUUUUUUGUGCUAAAACAAGUGUUUUACAUUCAAGUUGAAUGUGAAAUCUUUAAAUCUCUUUUUCAAACCUGUCUGAUAUAGUUUUAUGCAAAAAUCUGGACACCGCUUGUCAAAUUCCAUGUUUUAAACCUCAGCUCUGCCAUCCGGCUGGGCUGGGCGGCUACAUGAACAACGAUUGGCUGUUGUUCACAGGGUGGGAUGAGCCGGACCAGGAUUCCUCAUAACUGGUGCAGUUACAACAUCUGCUGGCUGAUUGAUGGCGCCUGCGUGGAGUUGAUGAAUAAUGCUGAUCAGGGUGUGGUGCUCUGUACACAAAGCUGAUCUGCAUAUAAACUCGCUUCGUGCGGGUGAAAGAUGAAGUCGGUACUGCACACGUGUCGGAGGGGGCGUGUGUCAGUUGCGAAGCACCUCAGUCAGCAGUGGAGGGUUGUAUCGGUAGAGGUAAAGCAUAAUGCAAUCAGGGUAAUUGGAUACGACUAGAUUAGGGGAGAAAAUGGGGGGGGGGGGGGGGGGG